CAAUUUGUCAGUGUCACUGUCACUGUUCUGUGCCGCCUUCCCGCACGAAAAACUUUCAACAGCAAUGGGGGACACAGAAGCUGCUGUUCAGUUGCCUGAAUUGACCACAACUUUGGAUCCAAGUUACAUCAUUCGCCUCCUCCGCACCUUCCUUGCUCCAGGGAUUGAAACUGGAGACAAAAGUCAGGAUCCUGCGGCUUCCCAAAGAUUGCAGGAGAAUGGACAUGGGGCGCUUGCACAAGCACAGGAUUCCAGCGAUGGAGCGAAAGAUAUGGACACUGCAGACCCCUCCUUAGAAGAGAAUGGCGAGGGAAGGAUUUCGGAAGCUGGGGAAACAGAUAGUGAGACUUUUCAAACAAGGAGUUUACCUACCCCGGCCGAGGCUUCCCCAAAGAAUGAGAGCGCUGGCUUGAGGAACUUGAGAGAUGAUGAGGGCCACCAGUUGUUGGAAGAAGCGGAGACCGAAAGGCAGGGCGGCAGACGAAGUAUGUCUCUUGAGGGGGGCAGGGACGACGAAUCACCUGAGGUUUGUCGAGAAGAGGCUGGGUGCAUGCUGUGGGACCUAGCCGCCGAUGCCGGCCAUGCUCAAUUUUUACUCCAACAGAAGAUCUGUGACGUUGUGCUUGCGAUACUCUCUGCCGCACACAGUGAUCGAUUAGGCGAGAUCGCUCUCGGCGUUCUGGCCAAUCUUGCGUGUCACAAGGAGACUGCAGGGCAGGCUACGAGGUGGCCUGGGUUGCAAGCUAGGGUCGUACAGGAACUGGGGGAAAUGGACCCCCCAACCUUGACGGAGGUUUGCAGGCUGCUCAGUGCAGGGCUGCAUUCUGGUGACAAAAUAGAGGAGGGAGAGGAUGGAAAUCUUGUAGAGGGGGAGGGGUCAGGCAGAGAAGGGUCGAGCAAGAGUGGGGUUGAAGGGACUGGCCUUGAAAGAGGAGACGCUGCUAGCUGGGCCGAAGUGCUGCAAUCAGCAGAGACUCUGGAGCGGCUCUUGUGGAUAGCGGAGAACACCAAUCAUCCCCCCCUGCAGGAGAAGUCUCUCGAGGUCUUGCUUGCUCUCCUGACCAAGUUCUCGCCUCUAGUUCUUCCAGAAUCUCUAACCCUGGGGUUACCAGCUCGGUUAACCAGAAUGUUGCAAGCCCAAGUAGAAGCGCUAGGGGGUGAGCGGGAAGAGGAGGGGUGCGUGGCGCUAGACCUGUUGCUGCAGAUUGGAGAGGCGCUGUCGCUCGAUUCUAGAAGUUCUGUUGUGCUUGUGCAAGACAGCGGACUUUGUGACGCGGUGGGAAAUGUGCUCCGGCUGGCGGCAAAAGAAGACCUUGGGUCAGCGGUCGGGAGCGCAACCAUUCUCCUAGCGAACCUGGUGUCCGAAGAUCGGGGUUUGGUUGGUCCACUUGCCGAAGAUCCCCAGUUCCUUGCCGCCUUCCUGCGCGCUUUCUCCCUCCUGGACGACGACUCCGGCGCCCGGGCCGCCUUCUGGUGCAUUCUCACUCAAGCGACGGCCCACCUAUUGGGCGAGUGUGAAUCGGUACCCCCGGCCGUGCUAGCCGUCGUGGCGGAAGGGGCGGAAGAACUGGUUCAGCUUAUGAACGAGAGUGGCGUGGAAGAAGAGCGAGAGGCUCGGGCAAUGCAGCAGCAAGCGGUAGCCAACAUCGUUCAAUUGCUUCAAGGGCCGCCGCAAUCCCCUCCAGCGCAACCGGAGUUUGGUGAGACAGCUUCGCAAGGAAGGUUUAGAAGGACAAUUGUAUCUUUGAAGGAUAUAAAGUGGGAUGAUUGACUUACUGAUCUACCAGUCUACAGUGCAGAAAAGCAUCUCCAACCGGCCUGUUGUACCUGUUCUUGUCCACCGGAUCCAGCCAUUAUCCACAAUACUGGUAGAUUAGUGCAUUGGCCGAGCUUGCACUCGGAAUGCUAAUGCACCUGAGAUGUCAAUGUUAGUAUGCUUUCAGGUUAAUGAUCAUCACGGCCUGCGAAACUUGGUAAAUCUGGUGAUUCAUCACCUAGGAAGCUAGCUAGAGGGCUCUAUUCCGUCUGCACAAAAGUGCGGACUCAUAAAGAAUGUAUCUUGGUUGCAAUAUAAUCGUGCACAAUCGAAG